AUGGCUGAGCACAGGCAUCUGGCAACCUGCCACCCCUACUUUGUCGACUUCCCCAAGAACCUCCCCGAAGGCAUCAUCAUCCGCGGCAUGACCCGCGAGCGCAGGCCCAUCGUCCCCCAGCCGGGCCUCGACAUUGUCGAGUUCGACGUCCCGCUGCGCGACGGCACGACCACCACUCUGCGCACGUACCGACAAGCCGCGAGCGCGAACAGACGCCUCCCCGCGUUGGUGUACAUGCACGGCGGCGGGUUCGUCACUGGCAGCCUCGAGACGGACGAUGCGCCGUGCCGCGCCAUCGCUGGGGCGCUGGACCUUGUCGUCGUCAAUGUCGAGUAUCGGCUCGCGCCGGAGUAUCAGUUUCCUGUUGGCUUUGAGGACUGCUUCGACGUGGUGCGGUGGGUCGCUUCUCCCGAGGGACAAGAGAGGCUCCGCGCCGACCUCGCCAAGGGCUUCAUCCUCGGCGGCACCUCUGCGGGCGCCAACUUCGCCGCGGGCAUCGCGCACCUGGCGCUGCAAGAAGCCCUGACUCCGCGCAUCACCGGGUUGGUGUUCCUCGCAGGGAGCUUCUGUCACCCCGACGCCCGGCCGGAGAAGUACCUCGAUCGGAUCCUCAGCGUGGACGAAAUCACGGUCGCGCCUGGGUUGACGAGGAAGUCGAUUGACUACUACGCGGCCAAAUACGGCGCUCCGCCCGAGGACAAGCGCCUCUCCCCGCUGCUCUUCGACUCGCACGCCAACAUCGCCGACAAGGCGUACUUUGCCGUCUGCGGCCUGGACCCGCGCCGCGACGAGGCGCUGCUGUUCGGACAACUGCUGGAGGAAGCCGGCCUCGGCACCAAAGUCGACGUGUACCCCGGCCUGCCGCACGGCUUCUGGGCGUCGUGCCCGGAUCUCGACGUGUCCCAGGAGUGGCUGCGCAAGCUCAUCGACGGGCUGCGGCGGAUGAUCGCGUAG